UGAGACAUCACGAUCCUUGCUGAAAAUAAUCUCUAUUAGAGGGACAUAACAUAAAUUUCUAGUUUUAUUAUAAAAUACUCCGCUACUCUAUAAAAGCAUUAAUUUAAAAUGACUUCCCGCUUCGCUACAUAGAGUAGGAGAACAUUUUCAACAAACCUAACCUUUUAGCUGUGGGUUCAGUUCAAAUGCAGGUGGAGCGAUCAAAGCCGAGUAUAGCCGAGGACUAACGACUGUUUUGAACCGGUCUCUCUGCGCGUAAAUGUCUAACUCGCUUGUACACUGUUUAGACAGUGUAGUACUUCGUAGCAUUGAGUUCUGUAUGUGAUAAGUGUGUUUCGUGCGACAUGUUGCGUUACGCAACAAUGACACCCCCUGGCGCGCACUAAUCAUGUGGUUUGAAUCACAAAAUUGUGCCAUGAUGGGUUUGCAGGGUACUUCAGGGAAACGUAAGCUCGAAGCCGCAGUGGCUCCAGGAGAAUUAUCACCAGCGAAAAAUGGUCGUUGGGAAGCUCAAGAUUGUAUUGCACGUUUACAAGCGGUUGCAGUACCUAGUGAUACGUGGCGAUCACCUACCCCAUCUUUAACGGCUACGCUACUAACGGACGAUUUUGACGACGACGAUGACUUUGACGACGAUCUAUCAGAUGACGAUCGCUGUCCCGCAAUCCCCGAACCUGCCAAGUACCCUCCACAACAACAACAACAGCAACCACCCACAUAUUCGCGGUAUCAACCAGAAUAUUGGAACUAUUAUCAACCGCCCCAACAGCAAACAAUCCGUUGUGAAGAGAACGGCAAAUCGUACCUGGAACUCGGGGCCGUACAGCCCCAAAGACCGCGAUGUUGUGAUGGCAGAACUCGGUGGUGUCACAUACCUUGUUACAGACAAAAACGAUUAGCAGUGCUAAAUCUUUCCAUGUGCAAAUUAGCAAGGUACAGGCAGUGCUCCGAUCCAUCUCUGAGGAGGUCAGUGCUUAUUUGUAAUACCCUUAGGAAACUAGAACGGGAAAUGGAGGCAGAACCUCCUGAGCCAACGAGCUACCCUUGUAUAUCAUCAGAAAUGCCGCAACAUCAACAAAAUCGAUUGAAUUCCGUUUCAUCCGAGCCCAGUAGUUACGAGCAAAAUUUUCGAGAGAUCACCCAGCCGUCAGGAAGGGCUACUCCUUUUCCCACGAACUUAUCCGAUGUGGAUUCCGGGAUAGGCGACGAAGAACCGAGCAGGUCUAUAAAUUGGAGUUCAGUGUUAAGUUUAACAUCGCAAACGGACAAUGAGUCCCUUAAUAAUAACGAACUGUAUGACGAACUAGGACUUUCUAAUGAUUUCACUUCCGAUUGGAAAGAACCAAGUACGUCCAAGUCGGAAAGUGAUUGGGACGGUUUCAUGUCUGUCUUAGUGGGUGGUACGUAACAUAGCCCUUCAAAAUCUGCCUCUCUCAGGUUGUGAUUUAUUAAAACAAAGACGUUUGUGCCGUUCAGGAAUUGCGCAGCUGUUGUUGACUAUUUUUAUUUUUAUAUUUUUAAAAUGUACUGAAAACGAAUUCAUGUACUUAUGCAAUUGAGUGUUUUCAAAUCGCAUAUAUGCCUGUCCUUUUUUUAUUCAUAUACAAUUUACCAUACUGGUUGAUCUCCAAUGCUCAAGUAAUUUAAUAAGGUUUAUGAUUUUUGAUUGUUCAUCGACAUUGUACUUGUCCUUUAUGUGGACCUUCCUCUCAUAGGUUUUUGUAUAAUUGUACAUAGUGUAUAUAAGAGUUUCUAAUUAGCUCAUAGUUAUUAUUUGUGUACAUUUCACAUACGUUAUAUAUUUUAAUGAGGUCUAAAUUUAUAAAGUUGGCAAUAUGUUUUACUUACGAUUAGUAAAUUAAUGGCAAAUCUCCCUUUGAAAAGUAAUCGACGGCCCAAUAUUUAUAUGUAUGUACACCCGGUUUAACGUGGUAAAGUUGCAAACCGUUUGUUCGUUAAAUGAAAAUUAUCCGAAUGAUGUAAAUAACGUCUGUUACCCGUAUAUCCUAAACAAGAAAUUUACACAAAGAAAUAAAUAUGUAUUAAAACAGGGAGAUGAAAUCUAGUCUGUCAUUGGCAGUUAUUGAAGAA